AUGAUUAUUACUACUACUCUUUUGGAUGUCCUGUUUUCUCCUCGCGUGGCGCUCAAGACACUGGCCGUGGGACUGGGAUGCUUUGGUCUGGAACUCUUAUUGUUUCCAUUAUUGUUUCGUGAUGCCUUUCUCAAUCUUCAAGGUCUGGAAAUGGGUUUGGCGACUGACUUUUUGCAAUAUUGGUUGGGGAUUCGUGAAUUGUUCUUGUCGGUACUACUUUGGAAUUCGGCUUCCAAUGGAAGUGACCAAGUGUGUCGGCGGUUAUCGACCUUGGCCUUUGCGACGCUAAACAUUCCGCAACUGUACUACAUUGUGCGAUAUGGGGACAAUUUGUUUCGGAAUUCGCAAGUAAAACGUUUCAUGUUAGGGUUUCAGGGAUUCUUCUUUUUGUUGAAUGGUGGUGCUACAAUCAAAGCAUGGACUCAGAAGAUAAUAUGGUAG